GCUCGCGGCAGCAGGUGAGAGCGCAGCAUCGCUUCCUCGCUGCUUUCAAAGACGCAGAGCGGCGGAGUAGCGGAGCGGAGCGGAGCCGAGCCAUGGGAAAGCUUCAAGAAUUUGAUAUCACUUUUGCCAACAACAAGGUGGUCUACGGUCCGGGAGAGUCCAUUAGCGGAACUGUGAAGAUACGGACCGGGAACUCGCUGCAGUACAAAGCCAUCAAGGUGAACUGUCAGGGAUCAUGUGGGAUCUCCAGCAGAAUGAACGAUGCGUCAUGGGCUCUGGAGGAGCAGUACUUCAACAGCACGUUGUCUGUUGCUGACAAAGGAACCCUGGUGGCAGGUGAACACAGUUUCCCCUUCCAGUUUCUCAUUCCAGUCGCUGCCCCGACUUCCUUCGAAGGCCCCUUUGGGAAGAUUAUUUACCGUGUGAGGGCGGCCAUUGACACGCCCCGUUUCGCUAAGGACUACAAAGCCCAGAAGCCCUUCUACCUACUCAACCUGCUCAACCUCAAUGAGGUGCCUGACAUUGAACAUCCCAGUUACGCUGUGACCACUAAGAAGUUCAGCUACCUCCUGGUGAAGACGGGGACACUAAUGCUGAAAGCUCGCAGCGACCUGAGGGGUUACAUCCCCGGUCAGGUCAUCAAGUUAGCCACAGAGAUCCACAACAAGUCUGGGAAGGACACGGGAUGUGUGCUGGCCAGUCUCAUACAGAAAGUGACCUAUAAGACCAAACGGCCUGUGUUUGACCUGCGGACCAUCGCAGAGGUGGAGGGAGCCGGGGUGAAAGCAGGAAAACACGCAGAGUGGAGAGAGCAGAUCAUCGUCCCUCCUCUUCCUCAGUCUGCACUGGCCGGCUGCAGCCUCAUAGACAUCGACUAUUUCAUUCAGGUGUCACUAAAAUCUCCAGAGGCAAUCGUCACUUUGCCAAUCUACAUUGGGAACAUCGCUGUGAACUUGUCUCCGUCGAGACCCAUGCCCUCCAGUCCGGACCACUGUGCUGUGACCAUCGGACCCAGGGCAACGGGCGUGACACCCAGCGCCCCGCCGGCAGAGGAGGAUCCAGAGGAGGAGCUGUGUGCAGGAGGCUUGGCUAGUGAGGAGAUUCCCACCAAGAGUCACUCUCAGCAGGAUCCCUCAGGUCAUCCGGUCACCAUGUCCCCCAGCGCCUUCAGCCAUGCACCUGGUGCAGCCCUUCCUCCCAGCCACAGACGACCUGACGCCUCAGCUCCACUGUUCUGUGUGUCCACCGGGGCCACCAUACCUUUCUUCACCGAGGGAGACGUCACUCCUGUACCCACUUCCUGUUCUCUCAUCCUUCCUCCAGAGUACAGCAGCUGGGACUACCCUCAUGAGCCCCCACCCACUUACGAGGAAAGCUGCAGCAGCGCCAACUCCAGUUUCAACAGUAGACAGUAGAGAAGACGCAGGUGACGAAGCAUCAUGGCCACGCCCACCCAUACCUGUCUGCAUUUGCCUCAAGAGCAACCAGGACAGAGACACGCCGGGUUAAAGAGGAUGGACAAUAACUCCACUCCCAAACACCCCAAAGAUUCUUUGUCCUCAAAUAAGUAAAAAAAAAAAAAAGGGAUCAUAUCUUAUACGGAAUAUAAUUUCACCUCAUGUCCCAUCAGGUAUUGUCAGACAGAACGGGUGAAAAUCACUGUGCCUAAAAGAAGUAUUUUGAAUCAUCGUACAGCAUUUAGAAUAACCAGUGAUUGGACAUGAUUCUUUCAUGAGGCGGAGUAAGAUCUGUUGUUUUAUCAAUGAACUUCUGCAUCUGUGAUGCCUUGAAUAUGAGUUCGGCCUACUGAGGGCUCAUGUUUGGCGAGAUCAAACGUUGGCCUUUUCUGUAGUCUUGUUCCAAUUGUGCACUUGUUAACGUGGUCCACCGCUGUCCGUUUGUGUCUCAGUUGUCCUCGUCAUCAGCAGGGCAGAGCUGUCUUUAUGCUGGACAUUGAAAGGAGAACUUAAUGCCAGAGGUUGUGGUUUGUCUAGUUUGAGUAUUUAAAUCUCUGUGUGUAGGAUUUUGAUGAUUACAGGCUCAUUUAUAACAGGGCUGCACAGUUAUUUGAUUUGAGUAUUUGAUUUUUGAUGAAGGUAAAAUGUGUCCAACAUACCAUUAUACAGUAAAUGAGGCAUUGUGGUGCUACAAAGAUGCUCCAGCCUACAACUUAUAUUCCAGACGUAAGGGAACAUGCUUGGACGGUACAGACCCCAGCAAAAAUUCCAUCAUCUUUUUUUUUAUCAGUGAAAAUGAAAUGCAGAAAUUACAAUUCCCGCUAGAAUCAGAACUCGCCGCAAUAUCUGUCGAAGUAAUCACAGUGUUUGUUUCGUUUUGCAUUUUGUGCAGCCUCAGUUUAUACUCCUGCCGUUAUGUAAUGUAAUUAUCACUGCCCACAAACUUCCAUGUGUCCUUCAUGUUGGCACAGAAACAUCCACUAGAUGGCGCCAGAAGGCAGAGUCAAAAGUUUGUGACAUUAACAAUCAUGGCAACGUUGGAGGAGGUUGUAAUAAUAACGUAACUUUUAACGGAGCUGGCGUUGUAGAAGCUGGAGUUCUGUGAGGUCAUUAAAUACAUUGCAAUAUGUGGACAGAGAAUUCUUUUAACUAUAUCACUGAUUUUUUCUGUUCUUCGAUUCUUAAAAUGUCUUCCUCCCGUCCCACGGUAGUGUACUCAGAACGAUCUACCCAAAUACAUAGAAACAUGUUAAUUCUACCCAAAGUUGCUCGAUAUUAUUCGGGAUGACCGCAAGAUGAGAAUGCAACAUAGGACUUUGACUUCUCUAGCUAGUCAUUUCCUUUACUACAAUUUAGUGAAAAGUAAUCGCUAGACAGACAGACAGACAGACAGACAGAUAGAUAGAUAGAUAGAUAGAUAGAUAGAUAGAUAGAUAGAUAGAUAGAUAGAUAGAUAGAGAAGAAAGGUAGACUACAGUAUGAGGAUGUGGAGAUAUAUUUCAUAAUUAAUACAUACAUUCAUUGCCAAUGAAUUAUAGGUUAGAAAAUACAAUAUUUGCCCGAUUUAACAUGACUUGGGGUAUAAACCACGCCCACUUGUGUCUGAAUACAGAUAGAGACACACAUAAUUUGGUUGGUUGAACAGAUACAAAUACAGAUAUAGAUAACGGCGUACAGACAGAAGGCACCGUCCUUGUCUGUAUACUCGUCUAUCACUGAGCAUAAAUGAAACUUUAAAGUCAUUCUGAUGGUUUAAGUCUUUGUUUCAGCAAAUAUAAAACAACCCCAGUUAGAUACUGAGUCUGUGUGUUAUAGCUGCAUGCAUUGCCGCCUGCUACGGUGUCUUAUUUUAUAAUGCCACUCCAUGUUGUCAGUCAGAAAUUGUUGGAAUCCUACACACAGAGGCUUUAGAGAUAAAUAGUGACUCAGCAACACCUCUCAGUUGUAUCACUUAAAACAGAGGUAGCAGUAAAAACUACUUUAAUAUAUUGUAGUUAUACGAAAAAAUCCAGUCACAUUAUAAUCUGUGUGUUUUUAAACAUUAUUUCUGUUAAAAUGAAUCAACCAACUGGGAUAUUUACAUUUUUCUGCACAUUUAGUUUCUGGACAAGAUCACUUAUGUGGAGAAACAAAGAGGAGCAUGUGCACUGAUCUCACUUUGGAAAAGAUGAAUAUAUAAAUAUAUAUCACCCCUGUAGUGCCACCAUAUGUUGCGUCAUAUCACUGAGAGGUUCUGCUUUGACACCAGUUUUGUAUUCAUAGGACAGUUUAUCUGCAGAUGAGGCUCAUUUCUCCUGCAGCUGGGUGAAAUGACUGCAGUGCUGACGCAGUCUUCCUCUGCCCUCUUGUGGCCGUCGCCGGUACAAGUUUAAAUCAACUUGUACUGACACAAUCGGCCAUGCUGUUUGCAGAAGUGACUAACUGAGGUUUGAUAUAGGUGUUGUCGUGAGAUGUGAUGCGAGUGUUUAACAUCAUCCCAACAGUCUGAGUGAGAUUAUAUGUUGUUUUUUCUCCUGUUUGUUGCCUUAACUUUCAUUUAGUGUUGCAUUAGUGAGACGAGAAUCUUUCUGAAAUUUCAGUUGGUGCAGAUUAUGAACAUACAUGUGCACAACACGGCACUUUUUACAGUUUGCAUGGAUUUGUGGGUGCACAUCUACUGUAUGUGUGCCUGUGUAAGUGGGUCUGUUUUCACUUAAAGGUAUACUGUGCAGGAUUGGUUGCUGUUUGUUAGCAUGCUCACCAGGGAAAUUGAGUAAAAGCCAGCCCCAGAUUCACUCUUGUUUGGCAUUUUGCUUCGCUAUAUUUGCAUUUUUUUUUGCAGUUUUUGUGGCUUCCUCUUGGAUGUCUGAUGCUUCACCUGGUUGCUUCCUUUUUUUGAAAAAUGAGAAAAAUGCCCUGACACUUCCAGUGGGCCCUCCGUGAUGAGAGGGAUUACUUCUACAUGAGACUAUCUGUUGUCUCUAAGGGAAAUCCUGCAUAGUAUAUCUUUAAACUCCAUUUCAAACUGGUUCAUGACUCAGCGUUUGUGUUAAAUUAUCUUAAGUUUUUCUUUGCCUGUGUACAUGGGCUGGGUGAUAGUUGAAUAUUUUACAAAUUAAAGUGUAACCAUACUAUGAUAUGAUCUUAUUAUGUUAUCACUCCUUGCCCAAAUUAAUUAAUCUCAGCAAGCUGUAAUUAUAAUAUGAACAAAAUGACUGACAGAAGGUUUUGUUUUGCACAUAUAAGGAGUUUAAUCUGAUUUACAAUGGACCACACUUCAGUGAUUGCGUCUGAUUUUGCAUAUAUUUGUCAUAUUCUGUUUUACCUUGAUGACAGUAAAUGUCCUUGUUUAUGUAAUUAUAAUGAUUUGACCCAUGUCACCCAGCCCAACAGUGUUGCAAUAGCAUCAUCACAUAUUCAUUGUCACUUUUCUGUGAGAAACUACGACCACUGAAAAUCUUAAGCACAACUGCUCUGACGAAUGUUUGUGUCAAUGUAAAUGUGUUUCUCGUUUUAUCACAUUUUAGUACAAUCUCAAAGUCAUUCUGUGAAUUUAGGACAAGAUCUCAGUGCUGGUGUCGGCUCCUGACUGCAAAUCAUGUUGCCACGUUUCUCCGGAAAUUGUAUUUCAUUUUGUGAGGCUCAUCAGCUUUGAAAUUUUCUCCCAAAAAAACUGCUGUUACCAUUAGAAACCUGACAGUCCCCCAAACUACUUCUGGCUCUACAUUAUUAUAAAUGCAUGCCUUAAACAGUCUGGACUCCCGCCACCUCUUACAGGAUCUUGUGAUGGACUUUUUCUUUUUCCUCUGUCAGCGAGGACGUCAGGAUGUGCUCGUGCAGCUCUUCCUGUUCUGUCUCCUGUGGACUGUGCCAAGUGCACUUGAUGUAUACAAAUGUAGCUUUUAAAAAACAGUGAGGAAACUGGACCUUAGACCUGUUGGACUUUUGUUUUUAUUCUUGUUUUAGAAAAUAUGUGCAAUUCCUCUCAUCUCCAAGAACGCUGCAGCAGCAACUCCCUGAAGUCAUUUCACGCUGCCUUUAUUGAUCCUGAUUCUGUUGAAUUCUUCUCCACCAAAAGGUACUAUAGCUUUAUGAAGCCCCACUUGUUCUGUGUUUUUAUUUUUCAUUCUUUCCCCCCUCACAUAUUGAUGAGUGGUGUCUGGUUUUGUAUUUUUCUACUUGUAAACUGUUUACAGGUGCAGUAUGCAGAUACUAAUAGUAGCACCUCAAUCAGUAAAUGUAAUAUUUCAACAUACAGUGCAGAAUCACAUCAAAGUUGUACUGUACAGUAUAACAAUAAAAUUAUAUGACAUGUU